AUGCCAACUUUAGAAGAAUUAGAGUCGCAACAGGAUGGAGAAGAUUCUCUCGACUUGGAGAUCCUACAAUCAUCGACAGCCGAUAUAAUCAAUAGAACAAAAUUGCUAGACAAUGACAUCAAGGUAAUGAGGUCGGAAUCACAGAGGCUAACCCAUGAAAAGACAAUGAUGUUGGAGCGGAUCAAGGAUAACCAGGAGAAAAUCAACAACAAUAAGCAAUUGCCCUACCUUGUUGGUAAUGUAGUGGAAUUAUUAGACUUGGACGUGGAGAAAGAGGCCAGCGAGCAAGGAGCCAACGUUGAUAUAGAUGCGGCAAGGUCGGGGAAGUCUGCUGUGAUCAAGACUUCAACGCGACAGACCAUUUUUUUGCCAAUGAUUGGGCUUGUAGAUCAUGAGCAGUUGAAGCCAAACGACUUGAUUGGAGUCAACAAGGAUUCGUACUUGAUUCUCGACACUUUGCCCUCGGAGUACGACUCCAGAGUCAAGGCUAUGGAGCUUGACGAGAAGCCAACAGAGACAUAUUCCAAUAUUGGUGGGUUGGAUACUCAGAUUGAGGAAUUGAUCGAGGCUGUUGUGUUACCAAUGAAGCAAGCUGAAAAGUUUCAAAAGUUGGGAAUCAAGCCACCAAAAGGUGCAUUGAUGUAUGGUCCUCCAGGUACAGGUAAGACACUUUUAGCCAGGGCAUGUGCUGCACAAUCUGGUGCCACUUUCUUGAAGCUAGCUGCGCCUCAGUUGGUGCAAAUGUUUAUUGGAGAUGGUGCCAAGUUGGUGCGAGAUGCGUUUGCGUUGGCCAAGGAGAAGGCGCCCACCAUUAUAUUUAUUGAUGAGUUGGAUGCAAUUGGUACAAAGAGAUUCGAUUCCGACAAGAGUGGUGAUAGAGAAGUGCAAAGAACGAUGUUGGAGUUGUUGAACCAGUUGGAUGGGUUUGGAUCUGAUGAUAGAGUAAAAGUGUUGGCAGCAACAAACAGAGUCGAUACCUUGGACCCUGCAUUAUUGAGAUCAGGAAGAUUGGACCGUAAGAUUGAGUUUCCGCUUCCAUCGGAGGAGGCUAGAGAGUCUGUGUUGAAGAUUCAUGCAAGAAAACUACACUGCGAUAAUGACUCAAUCAACUGGAGGGAGUUGGCCAGGUCCACUGAUGAGUUUAACGGUGCGCAAUUGAAGGCAGUUACUGUUGAAGCAGGUAUGAUUGCAUUGAGAAAUGGAAAGUCUAUUAUCAGGCACGAGGACUUUGUAGAGGCUAUCAGUGAAGUACAAGCAAGAAAGUCCAAAUCUGUCAAUUUCUACGCUUAG